AUGGAAAUAACCAGGCUUUUUGCUCAAGUUAUCGGAAUGUGGCAAAUCAGUAAUUCUCAUUACAUUCGCGCCCAAAGGUCUAAAUCUCCCAUUCUUAAACCGACGCCACCUGCCAAGAGUCACGCCUUCCUAUCCCCCGUCACGUGCGGAACCGUCUACGCUGCUCCUUCUACCUCAGCUUUUCAUGUACUAAAUCUUCCGCCGGCAGUGGCGGCGGAAUCUUUGGCGAUCUCACGAAAUAACUCCGGCGAUGUCGACGCCAACGAGACAACAAAAGCUUCUCUGCCUCGCCGUCUUCUUCAUAGGCGUCUGCGCUUUUCAAGCACAAGCAGCAUGCGGGCUAAGGUGCCGCGCAGCGGCCAUCCGAGCUCUUCCAGCGGCGACGGAACCCUUCAUCGGCCGCCGUCCGGUGCCAGACCCGGUGCCGGCUGGAUUUCUAUGAUGACAAGCGUCCGGUACCUAGCUGCCCGGACCGCCUUCACAAUCGAAAUCUCGCUUCGUGAUUGCCUCGGGUACAUAAAGUCAGGGUGACGUCAUAAUCCGUACCUUAAAAAUAAUUUAGUGUGGCCAUUAAUUAUUAUUUUUGAGAUCAAAGGGCGAGGUUUUCCAGUCAAAUCGGUGAAGCGGAGGAUGAUGCGGCGGGCUGGGUGGUGUUUUUGUCUUCUUCUUGUUUGGAAGAGAAUCUCCAUC